AAAUGUCAAAACAUUAAACAGCUGGCCCAACAAAAACAUCAGCUGAAAAAAGAAUAAUUUUUUUUCUUUACAUUGUGCUUUUUAACGUAACCACCAUGGAGGAGGAACCAAAAAAGGGCUUUACACUGUUCGGCCGUGAUAUUUCACAAAUACCCUGUUUUCGCAGUAGUUUCUUGUAUGGCAUAAGUGGUGGUGUUGGUACUGGUCUGCUAACAUUUCUGGGAACAUCUCGCACAACAAUGUCUACACAUGUUGGCUUUGGUACAUUCUUUUGUGGUACUAUAGCCUAUUGGAGUUGGUGCCGGUAUCAAUGGUCGGUGCAUCGCUUUGAAUAUGCCCAAUUAGAACAGGCUAUGCGCAAACAAGCCAUGUACGAAGGAACAGAAAUAGAAAAGCAACUUGAUCUUAAGUCGGCGUAGUAAUAAUUUGUUAAAAGAAAAACUUAAUAAUGGCUGUUUUAAUUGUUAUUUAACGAUUUUGUUGUAAAGUGUGUGUAUUGUAAAGGCGAAACAUUAUUAAAAUAUUACAAUUUAAGUUACAAUUAGAAUAA